AUAUUCAUUAGAAUGCAUAAUUUUGCAAAUGAUUCUUCAUCAACAACACUAAGAACAGUAUCAAAUAAAUACAGCUUGUUAUAUGUAUAGAAACACCUUGGCUACUGCUAGCCUUGGCUGGAGGGUUGUAUUACACAUUGUGGUUCAAUGAAAGUUGUAUGGCUUCUUCCUGCCCUUGGCCUGUGAUGCAUGAUUUGACACGUCUGAGGAGGCUCAGCUUAUAUUUUCGCCUUGUCUGGGAGAAACUAAUCAAAAAGACGCUGCACUAGGAAGAAACAGAAGUGAACUGCAUUAGGAAGAAACAGAAGUGAACUGUAGAGAACAAAGAACCAGAGGAGGGCAGUGAUCCAGAAAAUAAGACUCAACUUCAUCCUGCAAUGGAGACACAAUACAAUGUUACACCCCAGAAACUUUACAAGAUCAUUAUCAUAGGAGAUCCUACUGUUGGAAAGACAUCAUUUGUUCAACGUUACAUUCAGAAUACAUUCAAGAAUGAUUAUAAAGGGACAGUGGGUGUUGAUUUUGCACUGAAGAUUAUCAAAGUGUCUGAGACACAAAGUAUCAGAUUACAGCUCUGGGAUAUCGCAGGUCAAGAAAGAUUUACAUGGAUGACAAGAGUAUACUACAAAGAUUCUCAUGGUUGCAUCAUCAUGUUUGAUUUGACCAACAAAAACUCUUUCAUAAACACACAAAAAUGGAAAAGAGAUGUUGACUCAAAAUGUACUCUUCCAGAUGGCAGACCCAUUCCUUGUAUACUCCUGGCAAACAAGUGUGAUUUACCAUACAGGCAAGUUCAUCAAAUGGAAAUUGAGGAUCUUUACAAGGAACACAAUUUCAUUGGCUGGACAGAAACAUCAGCAAAAGAUGGUCUUAUGGUGAAUGAUUCCAUGAAGUGAGAAAUUAUUUCAAAUGAGAAAUUUUCCAGUGAUCAAACACACAUCUAAAUGUAUUUAUAGCAUAUCAGAAUUUGGGAAUGUGUAAAGUGGUGUCACCCCAAUUUAUUACCAACAAGUUCACUUCAGUCCUGACCAUUUUAAAAAACACUUAACAGCAAUUUGAACUCAGCAGUACUUAAAAGCACCAUUAUGCACCUGAACAUAACUGUGUCACAGUUAUAAAUGCACCACAAGUUGAAUUUUAGUCUAACAGACAAGUUUUCUGAUUUUUCCAACAUAUAAACAUUUAAGCCUCAAAUCUUACAUAUAAACAUUUACUUUAACUAUGUGACCCACGUCAGGCGGCCUCAUGACCCACAGACUGAGUCAUAGAAAAGGGAAGUACUUUUGAGGUGGCUAAACAUGUAAUUGGUAUUCCAUAAUCUACUAAACUGAGAAUGUUCCUUUAAUAAAACUAAUCAUUCAUAAAAAAGCAGAAAUUGUAAAAUACAUUAAUCAAUUCCUAUUAAAUUCUUGUUCUUACCACAUACACAAAGUGUGAAGUAAAACGAGAUUCCAGGUGGUCACUUAGUGUUCUACAUACGCUGGUUUCAUUUUCUAAUUCUGUUAUCAACAGCUUUGUGAUAUCUACACUUUGACUGUACUUUGAUGAACAGUCUUGCACCAAAAUCCAUAAAAAUGUCUCUUAAAAGGUUCACUAUCAAGAGAUAAGAAACAUUCAUAAUGUUGACCAUGCCGUUCACUAAGCUGAAGGCCCUUGUGGUUCCUGCUUAACUAACAACUACUGUCACUACUUUUCUGGCUUCUUUAACUAAGUGUUCAGUUAAACUUCAUAAGCCUAGCACUGAGAAAGCUAGUUAUACUGCACUGUCAUUUUACUGUUGGAUUAGCACUGUUAGCUCAUAACACUCUUUGGUACAAUAAAACAUAGACACCAGCUCAGUCACAAAGAGCAUCGCAUUGCUGUAAAAUUAAAGUAUAAAUAUUGUAGUAUUUACUGUUUUGUCACUUAACAGCAAAAACUGGCUAAUUUGUUUAUGGCAGGGUAAUAAAUCACCACAAUUACCUCAUUUUCAUUUUCAAAUAAUAAUAUCAGCACAAAGCCAUUCACUCUUAAUUAUUCACUCCACUGGGAAACUUUCCUCCUGACUGGAUGGAUCCCAAAAUGUAGCAUCUCAUUAACUGGUUAAUUAUCAGUUUAUACACUUAAGUUUCUCAGGCCUCCAUAUACAGUCAAAGUCAAAUGAUGAUACCUGACUGGAAGGUUUCUUUAAGUAUAUUAUUGUUUAAUUGAUACUUAUAAUAUGGACUUUUCUGCAACCAAACACUGGCAGAGAGAUGGCACAUUUUACAACAAUGAUGCAACUGUUCAGGCUGUUACAUGUCUAUUUCAAGUAAUUAUACUUUCUGGGCUGUUGUGACAAAAACAAAAACAAAAUUUCACUCACAUUUCACAAAACCCAUGGCACAUAAUACUGAGUCCAGUCAGUAUAAUGAGCAGCCAUAAAUUAAGUAUCCAAUCCACAUUCAUCAAUGGCCCAACUGACAAAUCUGGUACUUCAGAUUGGACAAAAAAAUCCUGUGCUUCAGCAGAACACAAAAACAGAAACAAAUAUUUACAGUAGUAAGACUUCCCAGCAAUAAACCCCAUAGUUUCUGUAGAAAGCUCACAUGUUGCACUGAAGG